UCUAUCGAACGCGUAUGAUUCGCGAAAAAUAAGGAAGAUAAUAUCGCCGCGGGUUUCAACAGACGCGUGCAACGGGUGGGAGAACGUCUCUUAAAAUAUAAAUUCUCGCCUGGACAUCUUUAGUCCGUUUAAACUGAUUCAUCUUCGAUUGUCUGUUUACCGACGCGGAAGAUGUUGCGCGGAAUCGAUUCGAGAGUCUUUACUCUGACGGUGAUGUUCGUAGCGACUUGCGCGGUUCGGAGGAGUCCGUGGUGGACCGGAAACAGCAAACAAAGACAAGGACCGAAUAUAUGCGCCGUGGAAGUAAACGACGAUAUAAAUUACACCUAUUACACCGAAAGCAGAGAGUGGAAUCCACGAAACAUUUGCGGCAAGCAGACAUCCGUUAGAUACGAGUGUUGCGCAGGAUAUUACAGAGUUCCAGGACAAUUCGGGUGCACAGGAGUGAAACCAUUGGUUAAUCUGAUCGAAACUGCGAGACGCGUAGGAUCGACGAAAUUCGCGAGAUUGAUCGAGACCUCGAGUCUGGCGGAAGAGUUACUAAACGGACCACCUGUAACGAUCUUUGUUCCUUCCGAGGAAGCAUUUGACAACUACCUGAGAAUAAAAGGAAUCCUGCCGGAAUGGCUGCUGAACGGCAACAACUACAUAAACCUGAUCGCGAAUCACAUAGUGGACAGCCGCGUGCUAUCGAAUUAUUGGCGGGCGAAUUUAUUAAUUCCGUCGAGGCUGCAGGGAAACGUUCUAAGAAUUAAUAAAUUCUCCAACGGGAUGGAAACGGUGAACUGCCACCGAAUCCUUCGCAAGGAUCAGAUCGCCACUAACGGUGUCGUGCACGUCAUCGACGGAUUACUGGAUCUCGCGUUGCCGCAGAAUUCGGAUAUAAUCGAGCUCGCGGAGAGGGACGGUAGAUUCGGAAUAUUUUCGAGAGCACUCCGGAACAGCGAGCUGGGAAAUCGGAUCAGACACAGCGACGUGCCCUGUACGAUUUUCGCGCCCACCGAUGACGCUUUCCACCGUAUCCCGGAACAACAGUUGAACGAUAUGUUGACGAAUCCCAACGCAUUGAACGCGUUAAUUGCACACCACAUCGUUACCCAUCCUGUCUGCGUGCCGAACAUCAUUUCGGAGUACCACGCGACCACGAUGCAACAACAAGACCUGACGCUGAACUGCGGACCACACGGGCCAAUCGUGGAUCAUGCGAACUUGAACGAUGAAAUGUACCACGGGAAAAACGGACUUCUGUACAUCCUCGAUCGCGUCUUGCUUCCCGACCGAGCAAGAUCAAUUUUGGAUUUAGCGAAAGAGGAAGGACUGUUCACGUUUCUGGAGAUAAUCAAAGCGGCCAGGCUAGAAGAGGAUCUGAGUCGCUUGCAGCGGUUCACGAUGUUUGCUCCCUCCGAGACAGCUAUGCAUUCUCUGUCCGAGCAGCAGCUAGUGGAGUUGCAGAGAAACGAGAAGAGCGCUCGGGAUUUCGUGCUCAGUCAUAUAGUUGUGGGAACGUACUUCACGAACGAGAUAAGCAGCAACCAAAUAGCCAGGACUCUGGAGGUCGGAAUCCCUUUGCGUUUCCAAGUGUACCGAGGGAAAUUCGGAAUCGAGAACGCGCUUAUCGUGAAACCAGAUAGAGGGUGUAGCAACGGUGUUUUACACGUGAUCAGUCACGUGCUGCACCCAGCGCAGGAAUCCUUGGACUACAUUUUAAGGAAGGAGGGUAACUUUAGCAUCUGGCUAGAUGCAAUGGAAAGGAUUAAAGGUGUUCAACCGGAGAUAUAUGAUAACUUCAAACGUGCCAAUUCUUCGUGCACGUACUUCAUUCCCUCGGACGACGCUUUUCGACGAUUAGGAAACGUUAAGCUCCGAAAAUUGUUGGAUGAUAACAACUACUUGACGAAGACGGUGAAAAAUCAUAUUGCGGACAAUAUGAUGUUGUCUGAAAGUUUCGUGCCCGAUUUGGAAUACACUGUAAAAACGAAAGAAAAUACGGUGAAUAUUAUGAGGAAGGAUGAUAAAAUACUGGUAAACGAUGCAAUGCUCGUAAAGGGGGAUAUUUUGAAUAAGGCGGGUGUGGCGCAUGAAAUCAAUUCAGUACUACUGCCCGAUUACUGCCCCCAUGGAUAUAGGAGAACGAAAGAUGGUGUUGCAAAGAAGAUAUGUCUUUAGAAAAUCGCAUAAUUACAAAUAUAAACUAGAUAACAAGAAUAGUGAGUUAGUAAUACCAAAUGUACCUAACACUUGUUGAUGCAUACGUAGAUUUUAUUCAGUAACAAAUAUAUGCACUUCUGCUUCUUUGUGUAUAAUAAUAUAUAAUUAUU